GUUAGUUACGACAAACCGGAAGUGUCAGCUGAUGGGUGCAGAGUUCUUUUGGAAACAAACUCCCUUCUGUGAGCUGAAGGUACACAAACAAAUGAAACUGGACUGAGGCACGGUGGUCCGGCGGUUCGGGUUUCUGUCUGAGGGGAGGACGGUGAACACCAUGCGGGACACGGUGACGCUUUUCGGGCGGUUUUUCCCUCCUUCACUGCGCUAACCAGCUAAGCUAAGCUAACAGCCAGAGGAGCAGCGGAGCCUGUUUGUCCGCUCUGGUCCCAGGUUAUACAUGGUGUUUAAGGUGGACUGAAAUGUCCAGCAGAUACAUGGUGUUUAAGGUGGACUGAAGUGUCCAGCAGAUACAUGGUGUUUAAGGUGGACUGAAGUUUCCAGCAGAUACAUAGUGUUUAAGGCGGACUGAAGUAUCUGAUGUGUUUAAGGUGGACUGAAGUGCAUAUGUGACUCAGAUCCGGGCUUCCUUCCUUGGUCACUUCCUGGUCAUGUGGCUGCAGCAGAGGCUGAAGGGGCUGCCGGGGCUGUUGUCCAGCAGCUGGGCUCGGAGGCUGCUCGUCGGGCUGCUGCUCUUCCUCAUCUUCUACUGGUACCUGGGAGCCGAGCGGAGGUGGCACCUGUUCAGCGGCUCGGCCAUGCCGGGGGGGGCGGCGGGCCAGUGCCUCCUGGGGGAGAUCCACAGGUGGAAGUCUAUAGUAGAAAGAGGAGAGGGCAUUUACAGCACACCUCAGGAACAACUGGACACGCCUUUUGUCUCAGGUAACGGCCACAUCCUCCUUGACAUCGACGCUAACAGACUGUGGGUGGCGUCGUCUUCUCAGCCGGGCUCCGCUCCGGUCCACCAGACCGAAUAUUCUCCCAGAGUGGGUGUCCACCUGGAGGGGAAGCGGAGCGAGGCCCAGGCCACCCUGCUGUGGUUCCGGAAAGGCUCGGUCCUGUCGGUGCGCUGCGCGUCCUCGGCCGCUCUGCAGUCGAGUCGGGACUGCGUCACCAUCAGAGAGGAGUACAUCGCCCACAGGAGUCGACCCAACGUCUACCUGCAGAGAAUCCACGUCAACAACCCGUCGGACAGAGCCGUGUCCGUGGACGUGUCCUUCGACGGUCCGUCCUUCGGCAGUCGCUUCACUGCCAACGUGGAGAAGCUGGAGGACAGAGACGUGGUGUUGUCGUCGGGCAGAGUGUCGGUGGAGAACAACCGCGUGGUUCUGGUGGUGGUGGUGACCAGGAAGAUCAACGGCAAGAUCCAGGUGGCCGCCAAGUCCGAGCAUUCGGACAGCAUCCUGUCUGUGGUGUGGACCUCCGAAGCCGUCGACUCGUCCAAACUGGAGGAGACGUUCGCUGUCCUCCGAGACGGAGCCAAGAGGGAGAUGGCCGAGUUACUGAGGCUGAGCGUGGACGAUGUGGUCAUGGACCACCAGCAGGCCUGGAUGGACCUGUUCAUUUCAGGUGUGGAGAUGCGGAAGAUCACUGACUCGCACACGCCGUCCAGUCGCACCGUCAACACCACCCUCUACUACAUCCUGUCCUCGUUCACGGCGCCGCUGCUGGACCGCAGGCUGAGCGGCGAGGAGCGCGCCCGUCUGGAGUCCAGCCUCAACUACGCCGACCACUGCUUCAGCGGCCACGCCACCAUGCAUGCCGAGAACCUGUGGCCCGAGCGGGUCAGCAGCGCCGCCCAGAUCCUGCAGCUGGUCACGCUGUGGACGCUGACGCUGCAGAAGAGAGGCUGUAAGGCGCUGGUGGCGGCCGGAGCCCACGGCGCCAUGCAGGGGAUGGUGCUGAGCUUCGGAGGCCUGCAGUUCACCGAGAACCACCUGCAGUUCCAGGCCGACCCGGACGUCCUGCACAACAGCUACGCGCUCCGAGGGAUCCACUACAACCAGGACCUCAUGAACCUGGCGGUGCUGCUGGACGUGGAGGGGAAGCCUUUCUUGCAUGUGUCGGUGAAGCCUCAGGAGAAGCCGGUGAAGCUGUAUGCCUGCGAGGCCGGCUGCCUCAACGAGCCUGUGGAGCUGACCUCCGAGGUCAAAGGUCACACCUUCCCUGUCAUGGUGACCCGGCCCAUCACGCCGCUGCUCUACAUCUCCACCGACCUGCGCCACCUGCAGGACCUGCGCCACACGCUGCACCUCAAGGCCAUCCUGGCCCACGAGGAGCACAUGGCCAACCGGUACCCGGGUCUGCCCUUCCUGUUCUGGUUCAGCGUGGCCUCGCUCAUCACGCUGUUCCACCUGUUCCUGUUCAAGCUGAUUUACAACGAGUACUGUGGGCCUGGAGCCAAGCCCCUGUUCAGGAGUAAGGUCUAAAGGACCCCCAGGGCCCUGGAUACCAAAAACUACAAACCCACCCUCCUCUGGUUUAUUUUGUUUUUUUUAACUUGUGUGUCGUGGAAAUCAUGUUCUGUCUGUGGGUUCUGGGUUCUCUGCUUGGACUUGGACUCUGUGGGUUCUGGGUUCUCUGGUUGGACUUGGACUCUGUGGGUUCUGGGUUCUCUGGUUGGACUUGGACUCUGUGGGUUCUUUCUGGGUUCUCUGGUUGGACUUUGUCUCCAUCUCCUGUGGUCCGUGUGUGGAUGGGCGGUCUUACAGGAUGAUUGACAGUUUGUGUUGUGUGUUGACUGAGGCCAUGGGGCUGUUGUUGUUUCCUGAUACGACUGUCGUCCAAUAGGAGUUCUGUCCUGAAGGUGGAGGCGGGGCUGUGGCCCUGCUGUCACUUUCUGUCCGUGGUGGAACAUAAAACAGGAAAACGAGCACAGAGUUCCUUCUGUUCAAAUAAGGGUUUGUUUUCACUGUUAAUGUUGGACUGAAUCUGUUUGAUUUAGUAAAAGACUUUAAAGGACAGGACCAGCAGGAGGACCAGGACAUGGGGGCAGGACCAGCAGGAGGACCAGGACAUGGGGGCAGGACCAGCAGGAGGACCAG